UAGGGUUUUCUUUGCAGAUCUCUCAAUUCGCCGGUAUCCUUCCGAGGACUAGAGCUGUUAAUCAUGGUGUGUUUGACUUGUCAUAGUUCUUAGCUUCAGAGGAGCUUCGGGAGGAAUGCCGCGUGUCACUGCUGCUAUUUUUGCAAUGUGCAACCACUAAUGGUUGGAAUCGCAGAACGGGACCAGAAGCAGUUGCUUUUUGCUGCUUGUUUUCCACUUGUUUGUUUUGGGCUUGCGAUGUCCUGCGUCCCACCGGAUCCCUGGAAAGCCUGACUUCAUGGCACGACAACUGCGACUGCAUUUUGCUUCACGGAGAAGCAACACUGAUCCGCUGUCGGAUACUUGCAGCGGUCAUGCAGAGGAAAGUGGGCUCACAAAUGCCGGCCGUAGCUCCAGCGAGGGCCUGGUGCAGAGUUCCCUCCGCAUGAAGGUGACUCCAGGACAGCUGGCUCUGGCUUUGCCACCCUUGUCACCAGAAUACAGUAAUUUACAGCGGAACUCCACCGUAUUCAUCCCUAAGGUGAAUGGGAGCAGGAAAAGCAUGCUGCAGAUCUCCUUGCAGCCUUGCGGAGGAGACGGAGAGCUCGCCAGCUGCGAGAGCGGAAACGGAGAUGGAGGUUCCUGCAGCAGCAGCACCACGAGCGAUGCUGGUUACUGCAGCAGCAACAGCAUAUUCGAGGCGGACGUCCAGGAUCGCAAACCGUUCUCUCGGCGGAAGGCGAGGGUACCUUUGCGGCGCUGCUCGUCCUUAGUGAUUUUCCCGCAGAGCCCAUGCACCACGCCGCCCGCGUCCCCCGUCAGUCCGGUAGCAUCUCCAAUGAUUCCUCCUCUGCCUCCAUCUGCACGAAGUUCCUUUCAGACCUCUCAUCAGAUGCAGCUGUCCAGCAUUGAUGCAUUGCAAGAUGACACGGCCAAGGGAUCCGUUGCCACUGCAGUUAAUGGUCUGCGGCUGUCCAAAACCAGUACGUCGUCAGAAAACAGGGAUGCCAAACCCAUCGUGCAUUUCAGUGUACCACCAGAACAAGCGCCUGGACCAGAGCGAACGGAAAGACACUCCAGCGUUUUAUUGCACUUUGCAAACCAGCGACCUCUUCCCUCAGGGAAAGGAAGUUCGGCCAAAACAAAGUUUAACAUUGACACUUCCAAACCUCUCGAGGGCCCACAAACCAACAACGUCACAGAGCCCCAGAAAGCGAAGCUUUUCCGGAGCACCUCAUCCUGCAUGCUCCCAAGUGGAAGGGCUUCGUCGACGGAAAGAAGACAUGACACUUUCCCGACUUGCGGUAAUUCGGAUAAAUCCUCAAGAAAAGGGUUGCAUCGCACUCUUCAGAGGAGUAUUUCUUUGGAGGUACCCUAUGCGAACGCUGAGAUUUCUUGUCACGUUUCAAAUGCUGCAGAUGUGGACACCAAAAACGGCACUCCGCACGUACACAUCCGUGUUUCUCACGGCACAGGUGCAAGAACAUCAAACACUCUGCAGAACAACAGCAUAAACAACGAAACGCAUCGUGCUGCAACCUGCACGGAGAGAAAUGCUACAGUAAGAUUCACCAUCUAUUAGAAGUAAAAAAUUAGAAUGCACGUUCAUUAACUCGGUUUUAUCUUGCACUUUUAAGCUUGCAAAUUUAAUGCAAAUAAUGUUUCGCCCUAAAAUUGCAUUAAAAUGUAUUUGUAGAGCUGUGUAUGUUCCCAAUGAAGAGGUGAGUUGCAACAAUAGCUUUCUUGUCCCUGAAUAGUUGAGAUGUUUGAACAUUUUUUAGUGACUGAGCAAAUAUGUACCAUAAUUAUUCAGGAUGUUGAUCCUGCAUGCAAAGCUUUCCUUUUAAAGUUUAAAGAUCUGCAGAUAUGCAUAAUUUUUGCAUGGGUUUGGGAUUAUGAAAUAAUUCAAUUAAUUACUGUCUAUAAUUUAUAUUUUUGUGCUACUCAUAUAUGCAAAAAUCCCUUAAGGCAGGUGGGCUUAUAGACAAGCAUUUUAAAAAUGCAUCGUAGUUAAACCAGUUACAUGCAUGUCUUA